CAGGCCAUAAAAAGCCAUCAUAAUUAGCAAAAAUCAGAAAUGGAGAGCAUAGAAGGCCAGUUUCCAUAUCCAUGGCACCAACAUUGCAAAAUUCUUCACUUGGUGAGGCAUGGACAGGCUUUGCACAAUGUCGAAGGAGAUAAGAAUCCAGAAGCUUUGUUGUCUCCCAAUCUAUUUGAUGCACAACUCACCCCAUUAGGAUUGAAACAGGUUGCUAAACUGCGAAAUGAGGUUCAUGCCAGUGGCCUGUUUAAUAGGAUUGAGUUAGUUGUCACUUCCCCUUUAUCAAGAGCGAUGGAGACUGCUAGCGGAUGUUUUGGAAGGGAGGGAGAGAAUGCAGUGUCCUCCUCAACUCCUAAAAUCAUGGCAGUUGAGCUUUGUCGAGAUCGCUUAGGAGUUCGUCCAUGUGACAUGAGGAGAAAGAUGAGCGAUUGUCGCUCGCGUUUCCCUUGGAUCGAUUUUUCAAUGAUGGAUGUUGAAGACGAUAAUCUUUGGAAUCCAGAGCUUCGGGAGUCUGAGGAAGAACUUGCUAAAAGAGUAAUCAAGUUGUUGAAUUGGGUAUGGAAAAGGCCAGAGAAGGAGAUUGUAGUAGUAAGCCAUGGAUUAGUUCUUCAACAUAUACUCAUAAAUUUACUUGCAAAUUCCGACUUUAAUCCAACUCUAACACCAGCGUUGUGCAAACGUUUUGACAAUUGUGAGCUUCGUUCAGUUGUCGUAUUGGAUACAAGCAAAAUAGAAAGGGAACGGUGGGCAUGGCUUUGCAGUGAUGACAAAGCAAAGGAUGUGUUAAAGCAAUGUGGUCAUCAUUCAAUUGACGUUGCUACUUGUAUAUACCUAAAGUCGUCGCUGGUUGCGUAGAGUAGAGGGUGCUCUCUUAACCCUUUCACUGCAAUUUUCUACUUUUGUAGCAGAAUGUCAACAUUCUUUACUUUAUUAUAUUACACAUAAUUCCCACCUAU